UUUUAAAAAGUGAGGGAGGGAGGCAGGCAGCUGGAGUUUGGUGUGAGGAAAGCGCAGAGACUCAAAACAAGUGUUCAGACCGGGAGCGAGCAGCUGCAGCGACACUCCGAGGGCGGACACUUCCUCCUUUUCCUCUUUGACAGUUUUUAUUUUGACAAUAACUGCAAACAUCCAGUUUGCGAGCUGUGUGGAGAAGCGCGCGGCGAUGGAGCUGUCAUCAAUAGGAGACCAAGUGUUUGCAGUGGAGUCAAUAACAAAGAAGAGAGUGAGAAAGGGUAAUGUGGAGUACCUACUGAAAUGGCAAGGAUGGUCCACAAAGUACAGUACUUGGGAACCAGAGGACAAUAUUUUGGACCCGCGCCUGGUCCUGGCCUAUGAAGAGCAUCAGGAGAAGAUGAGAGCUCUGGCCUAUCGCAGGAAAGGUCUCAGACCCAGGAGGCUCGUCCUGCGGAACAUCUUUGCGAUGGAUCUCCGCAGUGCCCACAAGGAGAAGGCCCCCCCUCGACUGCGCCUGUCCCUCACCCGCUCCAUGAGCACAGAUGUAGACCAGGCCUUGUACCGUCGGCCAGCCUGGAGGAAGAGCAAGCAGAGGGUGGCCAAACGGGGGCUAGAGGGAUCCCGGCACAAAACCAUCCGUCCAGAGGACUGGGGCGGCACCAGCGAAGAAGAGAAACAGGAGUCUGAAAGCACCACAGAGGAGAGACAUGAAGACAGUUUAUAUGGUCAGUCAGAGUGCAGCUCCCCGCCGUUGCUGGAGCGACAGGACUUAGAGAUGGACGUGGAGGAGAAGGUGGACCCCGACCUGACAGUGGUGGGCACAGGAACAUGGACCACUCCAGGUGGAGCAAGACAGAAUGAAACAUUUGCAUGCGACCAAUCAAACGACAGCGCCUCUGUGUCCGAGGCCGGACCAGAAGACGCACUCACCGUGUGCAGCAGGUCAGACUGGGACAGAGGUGAGGAGGGCGUGGAGUCAGCGCCAGAGUGUCCCAUAGUAGAGAACAAAGUUUGCCAGAGGAACAAUACAACCUCUGUGAUAGUGAGCGUUCAGGGGAGCCGCGAGACGGCAGGUGACCCUGACGAGGUGAGCAAGGAGGAAGUGAAAGGCGACAGUCAGAGCGUUAUCACAACAACACCGGGCAGUGAGACUGCUCCCGCUGGAGCAGAGCAUCCCGGUAGCGUGAUUGUGACUAACGUGACUAUCAACUCUCUGACGGUGACUUUUAAAGAAGCCAAGGUGGCUGAAGGCUUCUUUAAGGGCUAUUGAGUGAUGAGAAAGAGAGAGAGAGAGAGGGAGAUCAAAAUAACCAUAAGUAGACUUGCCACUCAUUUUGAACAUGUAAAUAGUUGUUUAUGUAAGAGAAUUCCACGUUUACAAAGUUACACUCAUUUCCUACUGAGUUCAAUGAAGACAUUAUUGCCUUUGAAUAAAAAAAUGAGUGGAAAUUUUAUCAUUGUGGUUCAUUUUAUUAGGUGAGAUAGGAAGCCUGAGGCCCCAAACAUGAUCUCAAGUCAUCCAUUGCAAUCCAGGGGACUAAAUGGAUCUCAGUGGCAGGUUUCACUCCUGGGGUCGCUGCAUUUAAUGGGAGCGAGAGAAAGAUGGUGAGACAGCAGUCCUGAAACAUUACAGUCCACACUACAACUUCCAUGCAGUUACUUUUUUCAGUCGUCCUCAGUGCUUUCCAGCUAGACGUAGGUCUCACACUCAGAUCUUUUCUCGGGGCUUGUUUCAGUCGCUCCUCUUUCUUACGGAUAAUGUUUUGUACAGAUAUUGCUGUUUUUCCAGUAAACCGCAUGCCCUGUCAGUCUGUGCCACAUAUGCACAAAACCCUGUCCUGUGGUGUGUUGAAGAGGUUUAUUUCUGUCACAAAAGAAAUAAAACAAAGACGGAGCGAUAAUGCCUGCCGCUUAGAUGAAGUUCUGUAUUUCAAGGAGGAUGGGUGCACAAAAAGAAGUACACAGUUGUGUUUGCUGUCUGUCUGUCCUUUUACUUUUCAAGUACGAAAUGCUUCCUGGUUCUAUUUUUGUAUUACCAAUUGAUAGUCCACUCUUUUCACUAGCCUUUGUGCAUUUCAAAAGUGAUAUCAGCUUACUGCCGCUGUUACGCUGUGUAGGGUUAUGUACAAAUGGAAGCAGAUGUAUGUUUGGUCAGACUGUAGUGAACUAUUAUUUAUUGCAUGUCACAUGUAUAAGCUUAAACUAACUUAUGUCACUUAUUGUGUCUCAAUCAGUCUCUGAUAAAGAUGAACUGUCAAACAUGUCUUCUCUGUAAAAAAACAAAACAAAACAAAGAAAACUUUAUUUUGCUUGUAUUUCCAAUAAAUAUGUACAAAAGAA